CUUACUCUUUCUGGAGGAAUCUUGAAGGACCAAGCGGACCGCACCGGGUAUGUCGCCUCCGACUACCAAUUCCAAUUCGACUCCCCGCCUCAAGCAGGCGCCAUCUACACCGCCGGAUUCUCGUAUUGUGCGAAUAACUCCCUUGCCCUCGGGGGCUCGGCUAUCUUCUUCCAAUGCUGGUCCGGUGGCUUCUUCAACCUCUAU